AAAACAGUAUCUAAAUUUAAUAUACAUUGAUGAUUUGUGAAAGAAUUCAAAGUCCUUUCCAUCCCACAUAUUCUCUAAAGUUAAAAAAUCUUGGAUAUUUUUUUGCCAAAAUGGCAGAUUUUCAUAAAAGUAUAUCUUUAUGGAUAUAUUCAUUGGAAAUAUAUUUUAUAAGGGGGUGCUCAAUUAAUGAAACCUUGAUUAAACUUAUACGGGUAAAGCUUUUUUCACAAAUGAUAUUCCUGAACAUCAAGGUGACUUUUCAAGAUUUUAUUACAAAAUUGAACUAUACUCAACGAUCAAUUCAGCGAGAUUUAAAGGUCAUUAAUAAAACACACAACUUACCAUAUAUUUUGUAUGUUGAAAAGUUGGAAUCUAUCAGAAAAAACUUUGAUUCAACUCUAUUGAUAGUGCUCUAUUUGUGUCAACUGUUCUUGCACGUGGAAGUCGAUUUACAGGAUCAUGAAUCAUUUAUAUUCAAGCAAAAAAUGUACCAUAUAAUAAAACUAGAUCCCAGGGGCAAAAAAGGUUAUUCAUUUCUACACUACGCUGUAGAUUAUAAGACUAAAGUUGACGAAUAUCUAUUCAAGGAUGACUUGUGUAGUUUUCCUCAUUUCAAAACAGUUGAGCUGUUAAUCGAAUGCGGUAUUGACCCAGAUUUGCUCGAUAAUUUCAAUAAUACACCAUUACAAAUAACAGCGUAUGAUAAUAGUUUCCCCCUAGGAAUCCUAGUCUUACUCAUUAUAAAUGGCGCGCAUCGUGAUUAUGUUAAUAAAGAUGGGAAUAGUUUAUUGAAAGAUUCCAGUUUCCUUAAGCAAACUAUUAAGAAUAGGGUCAUUCGGACUUCUGAAAUUAUUAUUGAACAUCACCUAUCAAAUGAUAACUUAAAUUACGAAGAUCCAUCCAACGAUAACACUAUUAAUAAUAGUGACGAAAGAAGCUCAGAUUUAAAUGAAAACAAUGAUAUGGAUAUCCAUUCUGCUGACGAAUUACCAUCCCAAUCUUACACCAAUUUCAUUCAUCACGAAUCAUAUAGAUAUAACAGUGACGAAUCGAAUGAAGAUUUCGAAGAUUAUAAUAUUUUUCGCGAUCAAUUGGGCAUGACUACGGAUUAUGGCUUAUCCCAAAAUGACGAAGGUCUUCGUUUUAACGGUUAUUACCAAAACAACGUGAUAUAUUAUAGUUUGACAAUAAAUGGCGACUACGAAAUUAAUGAUAGCGAAGAGGAGGACAAUCUUGGAGAGUUAUCACGAUUUUCGGCUCUAAAUAUUGAUGUGGCUGAUCUGUACAGUCUGAAUAAAAAGUUGCCCACAUGUGCCACCCUGUUUUCUCAGGUCUACGUGAAUUUGAGUUGUUUGGCCGCGAGAUGUAUCAGAAGGCAUUAUGUACCUUAUAAAAAAUCAAACUAUCAACAAACGAUGAUUCAACAAACUCAAGCCUAGCAAAUGAAUAUCAGAGCAAUCUUAAAAUUGAUAAUGAUAACGACUGAGAACGACCACAAGCCAACAUAAACAAACCUAAGCACAACUAUAAAACGAUGUUCACAAACCAACGUGAUAGAAUCAAGCCAAAGGCAUAAUGGUGCUAUUACGAAAACAGCCAAAAUUACAGAGCAUUUGAACAAAAAGCUCUCACAUCUCAUAAGAGGGAUGAUUGUUAAAUAAUGGAAAUUGCCUGUAACCUUAUUUUUAUUUAAAUUAUUUUUGUAAUAUAAUAUAUCUGCACCUUAAUAAUUUUUUAGUUUGUUAAUCCUUUUUUAGAAAAAUAUAAUAUAAUCUUUAAAUUCUUUUAUGGUGCCCCGGUAUGGUUAUUCACGU